AUGAGCAGCAGCAGCAGCAGCUGGGCGACGCCCACGCUGCGAACAGCAGCAGCAGCAGCAGCAGCAGCAGCACUUCUGUCGGCUCCUAUUGGAGGCCUCUGCUUCCGAGUUUCCCCGAAUUUGCUGGCAGCUGAGGGGCAGCUCGAGGGGGCCCCCCUGGGGCCCCCUGCUGCUGCAUUUGCUGCUGCAGGGCCCCUCCCUGAGGGCCCUGAGAGCUUCUCGGAGCUCUCUGCUGCUGCUGACGAAGCAGCAGCAGCAGCAGCAGCAGCAGAAGACGCCGCGGAGGACGCGGACGCUGCACUGUACGACGGCUUCGACGACUCUUUGAGCAGCAGCAGCAGCAGCAGCAGCGCAGCAGCAGCAGCAGCAGCAGAAGACCCCAGCAUGCUGGAAUUUGCCCGCGCACGGGACUGGUGGAAUCGCCGCAAACAGGCCAGGCAGCAGAAAGCUUUAGAUAGAAAAGAAAGAAGAUUACAAAAGAAAAUUCAAAGAAGACAAAGAAGAAGUAAAUCUGAUUCGGACUCCGAGUCACCAUUUGAAGUUCCAAUUUAUGCUGCAGAAGACCAGCUGCCUCUGACUGAGGAGGAAGAGAGUCUUUGGAAAGAUGAGUCCGCGAUGAAAUAA